CGGGCGUCCAGCAUGGUGUCCUCCUUGAGUAUGUGAACAGCCGGAUUAACGAGAAACCGAGACAAAUUCAAAACUUCUUCACUGUUUUUCUGCUUUCCCCACCGGGUGGCAUCGAGAUCACAGCUUUGACUUUGUGUCGUUUUUUUUUUCUCAAUAUAAUGGCUCUGAAAGUCGUGCUCCUGAGACUUAUGUUUACGCACAGAAUGAUGUCAGUUUGCGCAUCCAGUCGGAGACACAGCAGGCACAGGGAUUUACUUGUGAAACUCAAUGAACGUGUCAGGGACUCAAGAACUUUUUCAGCUGCUUCUGUGAAGUGUAACGAAGAUAAGGAGGGCACCUCAGACUAUUCACGCCUGAGUACCAAGCUGACAUCCAGGAGGAGGAGACCUCUGUCCCCGCUGGAAAGGAUCAGCCGCCUGCUGCCCGAGGACACCUUGAGCCCCGAGGUGAUGCAGCUGAGAGAGCAGGAGCCAGAUAAGGGGGCAGACAUCCAAGGAUCAGUCACAAAUGACACACAAGUGGAAGGUGUGGAUGAGGAAAUUGAGAAAAAGGCUGAACUCCCAGCUGAGACUCCCAGUCCACUUGUUGGAGCAGAGGAGCCAGACACUUUGUCAGCUCAUCAUAGGGAAGAGCAGCUAUGGCCCACUCUACCUGGGGAGAGGCUGCUUACCUGUGGAGAGCUACUUGUUGCUGAGUAUCGCAAAAAGAGGUGGUCGGAAUUCAGGAAGAUGUUCCAGCUGCAGACAGGGGCCCGUCUGCCUAGCAACUGGGGGGUCAUACUGCACAAUGACAUUGCCGGACAGCCAGCGGGGCAGUUUCUGAAGACUAACAGGGGGGUCCCCAUCUUUAUAAGACGAGCUAGUCUCGAGGAUUAUGUGCUGUUCAUGAAGAGGGGGCCUGCCAUUGCCUACCCUAAGGAUGCAGCUUCAAUGUUAAUGAUGAUGGAUGUCACAGAGGGAGACUGUGUGUUGGAGUCUGGGUCUGGGUCAGGGGCCAUGUCUCUGUUCCUGUCCAGAGCAGUUGGCUCUAAGGGCAGCGUGCUGAGCGUAGAGGUCAGGGAGGAUCACUACAGGAGAGCUAAGCUGAACUACAAGCACUGGAGGACGGCGUGGAGUCUGCGACGAGGGGAGGAGUGGCCUGACAAUGUCCAGUUUCACAACGCUGACCUCUGCACAGCCUCUUCACUCCUUGCUGGUCGGGGAUUUCACGCGGUUGCUCUUGACCUGAUCAACCCUCACCUGGUUUUACCCACUGUGAUUCCACAUUUGCACCCUGGAGCUGUGUGCACCAUCUACCUCGCAAAUAUAACUCAGGUCACUGACCUGCUGGAGGGUAUUCGAUGUUCGGCGUUGCCUUUACUGUGUGAACGCAUCAUUGAGCUUCCACUCCGAGAAUGGGUGGUGGCCCCAGCCCUUCAGAAAAAUGGGCAGUACUGCAACAGGAAAGCCCAGAUGCUGGAUGAAAACCCAAGUCAGGAAGCUGAGGCAUCAGAUGAGAGUGACAAAGAUGAACUGACCACAGAGGAAAGCGCCAACCCAGCCUUUGGGAGUAUUCCUUACAUUGCCCGACCUCAUCCUGAACAAAUGAGCCACACAGCCUUCCUGGUGAAACUGAGGAAGUGUGUGCAGUAAAAUUUCUGCUUGUGGGGAACCCUGAAAACAGAUUGUUUCACAUCAACCAAAAAAAUUUAAAGCAAAUAAUAAAUUAAAGCUGUCAAGA